AUGGAGCACUUUCUAGACGACGAUGAUGUUGGCAAUGUUGAGAUUGAUGCUGAACUUCUAGGGUUCACCGAUCCCAUUCUACCCUUUGCAAAUGCAACAGGCACGAAUAUCCUCAGAGGCGUCAACUAUGCAUUCGGCGGAGGUGGAAUUCGUGAUGAGACUGGAAACAAGGUGGUUGGUCGGUUGAUCAGCAUGAAUGGGCAGUUAGCAAAUCAUCAAGUGACAUUGUCACGCAUUGCUACUUUACGAAGAAGCACAGUUGAUGAAGCUAAAGAAUACGUAGGCAACUGCAUAUAUAGUGUUGGAAUGGGUAGUAACGAUUACAUCGACAACUACUUGAUGCCACAAAUCUACCCAACAAGCACCCUUUUUACACCCGAUCAGUAUGCAGCAGCCCUUAUCAAACCGUACGAACGGCAACUAAGGACUUUGUACACAGCCGGAGCUAGAAAGGUUGCAUUGUUCGAAGGUGGUCUAAUAGGUUGCACUCCAGCAGAGAUAGCCACAUUUGGAACGAAUGGAUCUGCGUGUGCUGAUUUUAUUAACACCUACGUCACUCUUUUCAACACAAGACUCAAGACGCUUGUUGAUAGGCUCGACUAUGAUAUAACUGAUGCCAAAUUUAUCUACAUCAACACCACUCACAUUGACUCAGGGGAACCUUCGACUACCGCUCGAAAUAAGGUGUUUGACAAUGCUGAUUGGAGUCCCGUGGAGGAUUCAAAUAUGAUGGAGUUGUCAAAUGCAAUGUCGAUGCUGGAGAGUGUUGUGUUCCAGGAUUUGUCGGGGGCUGUUCUUCAGGCAGUAGUAAUAUUAAAACCUUUUCUGACCUCUUUGGCGUUGUUGGCGGAGGCGUCUUGCUUUAGAAGUGCAGUUGGUUGGGCUCGGUCCUUCAAUUUUCAGAAAGUGUGCUUUGAAUCGGAUGCUAAGCUAGUUGUAGACUUCUUGAUUGGUGCCGAUACCUUAAAUAAUCGUUCUCAUGAUUUUCAAUCUCUAAUGAUCGACGCCAAGAUAACAAGGUUGCUCAUGCUCUUGCUUCCUUACCAAAGGGAGGUGCAGAUUCGAAUUUGUUUCUCUCUCCUCUUCCUGCUUUGA